AUGUGUUGAUUUUUACGGAAAAUGACUCUAUUACUAUGGAACAUACUAAAAUGGUAAAAUGACUCUACUACUAUGGAACAGAGGGAAUAGAAUAUAAGAUGAAAAAUAAAUAUCGUAGGAUCCGUGAAUAGUGAAUAUAAAGAUGAUGAAGUUAAAGUAAAAACAUUUGAACAGUCCAAGAUUAUAAUGAGUUUAUAAUUUUCAUGUUAAUAUGCAAAAAAAAUCAUGUUAAAUAUUAGAAAUGAGUUGCCACGUGGCAUAUGAUUGUUCAAACAUGAGACCCGAGUUUGGCUCCCUCCAAUUUUCCCGGAAAACAACACAAAUACCAUAUUUUCUCCAUUUCUCUCUCUACACGCAUAACUCAAAGAAGAAAAAAUCAGAAAAAACGAGAAUCGAUCUCCAGUAGUUAUUAUGGAUAAGAAAGAAAAGGCAAAAGAGAAAAAGGAAAAGAGGCGCCAAGAGAUCUCUCUCCUCCGUACCAUCCCUUACUCCGAUCAUCAAAGAUGGUGGACCUCGGAAACUAUAGCUGUGGUGACGGGUGCGAAUAGGGGGAUCGGGUUUGAGAUCGUGCACCAGCUCGCGUUGCACGGGAUCACAGUCAUUCUCACAUCACGCGAGACUGGUGUUGGACAAGAAGCAGCAAAGGUGUUGCAGGAAGGAGGUUUGAAUGUAGUGUUUCACCAAUUGGACAUCGUUGACCCUGCAUCAAUUGAAUCCUUUGUUCAAUGGGUCAAGGAAGAAUAUGGUGGCGUAGAUGUAUUGAUAAACAAUGCUGGAGUGAAUUACAAUGCUGGAUCAGAUAACUCUGUGGAAAAUGCUGAACAAGUUAUUCAGACCAACUAUUAUGGAACUAAAAAUAUGAUUAAAGCAAUGGUUCCUCUUAUGAGGCCUUCGGAACCUGGUGCUCGGAUUGUAAAUGUCAGUUCCAAAUUGGGAAGAUUGAGUGGCCGGAGAAAUAGAAUUGAGAAUGCUGAAAUAAGAAAAAAGCUAGAAAAGGACGAGUUGCUGUCUGAGGAAUUGAUUGAUGAAGUGAUGACUACCUUCUUGAAACAAGCAGAGGAUGGGACUUGGAAAGAAGGUGGCUGGCCUCAUGUAUUCACAGACUAUUCUUUGUCCAAACUGGCGGUUAACACUUACACGAGGCUGAUGGCGAGGGAGUUUGCUAGUCGUCCAGAAGGCGAAAAGAUAUACAUAAAUUGCUACUGCCCCGGGUGGGUGAGGACCGCUAUGACUAGUUGGGCCGGACACAUUAGCAUUGAGGAAGGGGCUGACACUGCCGUGUGGCUCGCCUUGCUUCCCGAUCAGUUUGUAACUGGCAAGUUCUUCUCCGAGAGGCGUGAGAUCAAUUUCUGAGGCACAAGAUGGUGUUCUGUGGACCACAUUUCUGUUGCACCAGUUUCCAAGUUUAGCAUUCAGGGAAACAGGCAACAUAGGAGUGGAAUUUUGCUGGCUGGUUUGAUUAUGGGAAGAGUUGGGAGAAGAAGCAAGAGCAACAUGGUUUAUCUGCAUCUUUUCUGAUCUUCUUACUAUUGAAAUCAAGAUUCCUUUGCAUCAGUAGACUUAGAACUGGUAGCUUUGUUUUUCUGAUUUUGAUGCUGGAACAACAGUCAAUUACAACAAGGGAAGCAAGGUCAUUUUUUGUUUUGUUUUUGAUACUAAUAUUUUGUUUUGCAUUUUGAUAGGCUCAAAUUUGAAAUAUGUCGAAACAAAUUUAUUGAGGUUUUAUUUUGGUGAGUUUGGCCUA